AUGAUUCAACCUAAUCUAUCUAUCUAUCUAUCUAUCUAUCUAUCUAUCUAUCUAUCUAUCCCAGUCUGUUUAUAUCUGUCUAUCAUGUCAGUCUGUUCAUAUCUAUCUAUCUAUCUAUCUAUCUAUCUAUCUAUCUAUCUAUCUAUCUAUCUAUCUAAGGACCCGAAAUGUCUAACAAAAAAUCGAACAACCAGUUUUCAUCAAAACGCACUUAAUCGGUCUUUGGAAUUCUCUGAUGGUUUUUGCAAUCGCCAUAGCCUAACAUCAUCUUCAUCUGGCUGUUCCAACCAAAAUCCCCUUAGUCGAUGCCAGAAAUGCAGUUCAGAGAUCAAACCUUCUAAUCCCGAAACCAACCCUAGAAGUAUGCAACAACCAGAAACUCAAAGAGGAAUCAUGAGACGGGAAAUGACAUGGCAUAGCGGGGCAGCCAACAAAUCCCUAAUUCACAGUAACAGUACCUCCAGCGUUGUGACUAAUGCGGCCGUUGCGUCUUCACCUCGUUUAAAACCUCUUCGAUCAAACAACACCUCAGCUAGAACAUCCACAUCGGGGGAAAAACUAACCAUGGAGUCUGGAAGUAGCCAAACAGACGGUAGCAUUGCAAAGGUGAAUAGCUAUAACUCACUGAGCAGUCUUAAGGACCGAUUACCGGGUAACCGAGCAUCACGACUGAGCGUUCCUCAUUCAUCGGCAGUCGGUACUAAUAGUGCUGUUGUUGCAAGGAGAAGUUUGAGUCAAACCCGACCCGGCAGUAGUCAAGUCACGGGACGGAGACUUUACACUGCGGACAAAAACAAUAACAGCCGUAAUAUUGUAAACAAAAGCAUAAUCUCGCGUAACCAAAGAAAUGAAAUGGACACAAAUUACGCAAGGGACACGGAACAGAGGAUUAUUAGUUGGCUGAUUGGGGUGAAAGACAGCGAACCCGAAGAACCAUUAGCACCAUUCUUUGAAUAUGUGGAUCUACCACCGCAAACAGAUACGGCAGUACAUAUUGUAUACAAAGGAGAUUGA